UUGACAACUCUUCACAUCACUCACCGAAAUGUUGCGGUUGUGCCGACUCUCGUCCCUCUGGUUAAUUAUUCCGCCUCCACUUCUCCUCUGACCGAACAUCCCCCGUCCUGCGCACGGCUGGUUGACGACAGCAAAAGAUCUUUCCAUAGAAUUUGUUGAAAGGAUCAGAGCCGUCGACGCUCGCAAAGGUAGUAACACCAAAGAAAGGGACAAAGAGCGAGAGAGAGAGAGCGAGAGCGAGAGGGGAUGGGCGGGUCACGGCGGUCGGGGGCGUGCGUGAAGUGCUGCCUGGUGUUGUUCGCCGUCGCCUCCGCUCUCUGCGUCUCGGGCCCAGCUCUCUACUGGAGGUACAAGAAGGGCUUCACCGGCAUUUCCUCCUACCCUUCUUCCUCCUGCGCGCCCUGCGUCUGCGACUGCCCCCCUCCCAUCUCCCUCCAGAAGAUCGCGCCUGGAUUGAUAAACCUCUCCAUUACAGAUUGUGGGAAACAUGAUCCAGAGCUGAACAUGGAGAUGGAGAAGCAGUUUGUGGAUCUCCUCACAGAGGAGCUGAAGCUGCAGGAGGUUGUAGCUGAGGAGCAUACCCAUCACAUGAAUGCCACCCUUGUUGAUGCAAAAAGAUUGGCUUCUCAGUAUCAAAAAGAGGCUGAAAAGUGCAAUGCUGCAACAGAGACAUGUGAGGAGGCCAGAGAACGGGCCAAGGCAGCCCUUGCAAAGGAGAAGUUACGAGUGGAGAGGAUUUUCAUUAACAAUGAUUCCAUCAUGGUUAUCAGUUGGAUCUGAAACGAGGUGUAGUGUUUGAAGGCUCAUCCGUUUCUCCGCGACAUUUAGAAUUUUUUUCAUCAUUCCAUCGUGGUUUGUGUUCAGUACAUCUAUCAGAAAACGAACAGCACGAUAAAUUGAAUUGCAUCAUUUGUUAUCGAGUACGUUGGAGACUGGGUUUAGGGAGAUACUUGCCCAUGAAUUUUAUAAGAUAUUUUGGAUUAUAUUU